AUGGGUCUUAUUCAAUUACUCUUAAUGACAGCUCUGUGGAUGGCAACCGGAGCGGUGCGCCUCAAUUCUCGACAGCCGAGUGGUUAUACGCCCACACGUAUUGUUGGUGGUUCAGAUGUGCAAGCCGGAGAGUAUGUGCCGUAUCAGGUCUCUAUGCAGUAUGCAACUCGUGGGGGUCACAUGCAUUUCUGUGGUGGCUCCAUCAUAGCGCCCGAUCGCGUGUUGACAGCCGCCCACUGUUGCCAGGGCCUCAAUGUGACACGAAUGUCUGUGGUAGCAGGUAUACGCAGUUUGGACGAGCAGAGUGGAUCGCGCUCCCAGGUGAUGUCCUAUGUCAUACAUCCAGACUACAAGGAGCUGCAGACUAGUGACAUUGCGGUGCUAACCAUUGAUCCACCAUUGGUCUUCAACAAUGUCUCCAUCCAGUCUAUUAAGUUCGAUGACAAAGAGUUUGUCGGCAGUGGUGUUCCAGUUACUCUAACCGGCUGGGGCUUAAGAUUACCAGUGCCAUUUCCAUUUCUGGACAUCUUUAACUAUCCAACUACAUUGCAACGGAUGAACUAUCAGACGAUGUCAAAUAGUCAAUGCCAAGCAAGUGGCAUGGAUGCCGUCACGGAUACGGAGAUUUGUGCGAGGGGACCGUUUAGAGGAGCAUGUUCGGGAGACUCUGGUGGACCUUUGGUAAGAAACGACAAUGGAUUGAAGCAAGUGGGCGUAGUUUCCUAUGGGCUGGUUGUCUGCGGUCUCUUUGUGUCGCCCGAUGUCUACACAAGAGUUUCAACUUUCAGCGAUUGGAUAAAGCAGCACAUUGCCUCUUAGAAACCGAUUUUAUAGAUAUACAUACAACGUAAUCAG